GCCUUUGAGCUUUAUAGCGCGGAAUUCGGCUUUCUGCACUAUGUCAUUUCACAAAUUAUGGAGGAAAGCGCAGGAUAAUCCUACAGAGUUUUCUGUUUGGAUAAGUUUGUUAGAUCUUGUUGAAAAACAGGUAACGCACGUUUUCGUAAUCUCCUACUCUGCAGCAAAAUAUUGAGUACGCCAGACAAGCUUUCGACGCGUUUUUCAAGCGUUUCCCAUAUUGUUAUGGAUACUGGAAGAAAUUCGCUGAUAUGGAACGGCACAAGGGGAACAAAGAAAGAUGUCUUCAGGUUUAUGAACUUGGCGUUAAAACCACUCCUCUGAGUGUAGAUCUGUGGACUGCUUAUUUAGAUGCUGCUAUCGAGUAUUACCAUAGCCGUGACGACUAUGAAUUUAGAAUGCGCAGUCUGUAUGAAGCUGCUUUGGAUGCUGCUGGGCUUGAAUUUCGCUCGGAUGCUUUGUGGGAGCAUUACAUUAGCUGGGAAAGUGGACAUAAUCGAUUAGUUAAUGCUGCUAAUAUAUAUGCUCGGUUAUUAUCAAUUCCUACUCAGCUUUACUUUCAAAAUUGGGACAGCUUCAAUAAAUUAGUAGAAGAAAAUCGUCCUGAAGACAUACUAUCCAAAAAAGAGUUUGCAAGUAUGCUCGCUCAGGUUUCAGUGGCUGCUGGUAAGCCCAUUUCACUUGAACAACAGUCAGAAGAAGCCAACGAUGAGUUAGAACCACCUAUUUUGGGCUCAACGAAACCGGCAAUUGAAAUAACAGAUGCUAUUCGAUCGUCUAUACGACAAAUGAUAAUUGAUUCUCGUGAACAGAUUUACCGAGCAACUUAUAUGCAAAUUAUGCGUCGAUGGUAUUUUGAGGAAAAAAUUAGGCGUCCAUACUUCCAUGUGAAACCCCUUGAAGAAGUACAGUUGAAUAACUGGGGAGAAUAUUUAAGUUUUGAGGAAGCAGAGGCUGCAACUGUUAUAUCACACAUCAGGGAGCAAAUAAAGCUAACAAGUCAAUUGUCUGAUGAUAAGUUGGAGGAAGCUGUUUUUCAAUGCCCAGAAGUGAAGUUAGCCAAGCGUCGUGUUCGUAUUCUCUAUGAACGCUGUCUUGUCGCUUGCGCUUUAUAUGAACACUUUUGGAUACGCUAUGCAAAAUAUUUGGAGUAUACUGAAAGAGAUAUACCUGCUGCACGUGAAGUUUGGCGACGUGCGUGUAACACUCACUUACCAUACAAACCAACUAUUCAUUGGCAUUGGGGUUGUUUUGAAGACAGGUAUCCUGCCAGUUUGGAUAAUCCUCCAAAGUUUGAAGUCAUCACUUGUCUUGAUAUUCUAACAGAUUUAGAAAAACGGUUAACUGACAGUGCUCUUGUUUGCUCUAGAAGAGCGGAUGCUUUGCGAAGAGCAGGAAAACCGCUUUUCGAUGUCAUCGCUUGUCUUCGUAAUGGUAUCAACCGUCUGCGAUACCUAGUUCAAGAACAAAAUAAAGUUGCACAGUGUGUUUCUGGGGCUACUGCUUCUCGUACUGUAGCACAGGCCAUAGCUACAGCAGCACAAGCACGUGCUGGAGCUGGUGUUCUCUCAGGUCGUCUUGCUCGGUUAUUUCAUCGCAAUGAAUCAUUAUGCUCUGAAGGAAUACCCGUAUGGAUGUUGUUGCUCGGUACAAAGUAUGAGGAGGAUGAAGAUGAAUCAAUACUUAUGGACGUACCUAAAAUUGAAGAAACCAAUAAUAAUGAGAAACAAGAAGAACCAGACAGCGCCGCUAACCAUACAGAAAAGGUAGUUGAAGCCGAUAAGUCUCCAGAAGCUGCUAAAAUGGACGAAGAGGAUGGUUUAGAGGAAACAAAAGAAGCUGAAACUGCAGCUAGUGAUCAUGAAAGUGAUUCUGAUAUUGAAGCUGCAUCAUCUGAUAAUGAUGUGACAAUGGAUGAAGAAUCUGAUGAAGAGAUUUCGCAGAAGCCAGUUAAAGACACACCGACAUCCGAUAAAGAUAACCAUAUAAAUGAAGAUGCGUUUGAUGAUUCUGGUUCUCCUCCGAUUCUUAUUGUCUCUUGUUCACAAAAGAAAAAGAAGCAUCAUAAGCAUAAACACAGACAAAGCAAAAAGUCAAGGCGAAAACACAGCUCUAGUAAAAGAGCAAAAUUAGAGGAUAAGGGCUCUGGGGAUGAAAAUAGAAUGAGAGAAGGUGAAGAAAAUGCUGAAAAUGGAUCGGGUGAUGAGUCCAAAACAGCUCCUGAAGUCGAUCAAACAGCUGAAGAGGAAGAACGUAUACGUAAACUUCUCAACAAGCGACAUAAAGUAAUUGAGAUUCGUGCUCCUUCUCCAUCAGAACUUACAGAUGAAGAUCUUGUGAUUAUCUCGGGUGAAGAAGCCGCCAUCAGGGUUCUUAAGGAGGCCAUUGAUUAUGAUCCACGUAAUGAGCGAUUGUACGCGCAAUUACUUGAUAUUAUAUAUCAACGUAGACCGGCUGACAUUGAUGGUUUUAUUGAAGCUGCUAACCUUGCCACAAUUGAUUCAGUUUUACCAGCUCAUAUUAAAUUGGCUUUUUGUCAACGCAAAUUACAGUUUUUGGAAGAAUUCGAUACAGAUUUAUCUAGGUUGGUUUUAUUUAAGUUGACAGCUUUCUGUUUUAUUUAUUAACUAGUGAUGGUUUUGUAUGUAGGAGUGAAACUUGGACACUGUAUUAGAGUAUAAUUCCAUAUUAGGUUAUUUACUUAAUAUGGGAUAGAUUGAUGCAGUAUUAUUUACUGAAUGACGUUUCGAGCAAAAUUUAUUCCUAAUAAAAUCUCAUCAUGGAUACAGAAGGCCCGUUUAGUGUUUGCCAACUUACGUCACCUAUGGUGCCAGGUGACGGAGUAUCCGACUACCUAUUAAAGGACUAGUAUAGUGCGCUGCAUCUCGUUCUGUCCUCCUAUACGGCUGAGAAAUGAAGCAGUUACAGGGUUUUGAUCAUAGGGUUCUUCGUUCCAUUGCUUGCGUUUGAUGGAUUCAUUUUGUGAGCAGUGUUGAGAUCAAGCAAAGUGUAUCGGGCAAGACAAGUGAGCUGACUGACGAAGUUGUGUACCUUAGUCGAUUAAAAUAGCUUUGUCUUCGACUGCGUAUUUUGAGCCAUCGCCUACCUCCACAUACCAUGGUAGGGGAAGUUGGAUCAGGUUGCAAGAGGAAGGGUUCAGGGUGGCCAGAUCAAGACCUGGUACCAGUCGAUGAAGUAUCUGACUAUUAGUCUGAGGCAUGUGAGAUGUAGGCUCCCUGACUGAAUUUUCAGAGAUGAUAGGAAUCAGUGGUUGAGAACUCUUGAUAAUGUGGGUGAAAAUCGGUGAUUGGCGCAGAUGUAUUCACUCCUUGAUAUUAUCUGAAGCUGGAAUAUUUGCACUAACCUUUAUCUUCAAAUUGGUUAUUCUUUCACUCAUUCAACUGUUGUAUGAUGUCACUUAUUCUAUCCACUUCCUCUUUAUGAAGUGUACUAACUUAUACCGAUGCAAUUGUGUACGAGGUUCUAUCACUUUUAUGUGAAUAUAUGCAAUCGAUUCUACUGGAAACGACAUCCAGUAAGUAAUACUGCAUCACUGUGGGACAAUUCUGUAUCACAUUAAUGAUUAGAUUUAUGUAGAUUGCUCAGCGUUUAUGAUUUAUUCAGAUUUAUAAUUAUUGAUAAUCACUUGUCAUGUUGAUGGUGAAACGCUAUCGGAAAAAAUUAACUGAAUCGACAUCUCGAAGUUUUAGUUUAGUUGUAAUGUUGUAAUGUCAACAAAGGUUAUGAAAUUAUGAGAUGUUAUUGCAUGGUACUAGUGUAAGCUUACGACUACCACUAACUAUUAGAAAACGAGUUGAUACUCUGCUUCACCACCUACUCCAACCUACCUACAUAAUCAGAUAGGAUUUGAUGCAUAGACCCAUUCAGUGUUGCUUAUAGACUAGUUCUGAAAUGUUUACGAGACUUAUAUAUAACAGGUACAACAGUCAGCUACCAAAUCCUAAAGUGUACGUAUGAAUGAUGUAAAAAGGCAAGGCAAAAAAAUUGAUAUGAAUUCCCUGCUUCUGUUUUAUCAAGUCUUUGAUUUACUUUGCCAUUUUCUUUUCCACUUCGUUUUUCGUUUCUCAUUUAUUCUAUAAGUUGGCAGCCUUUGAGGUUGUUAAACUAGGAAUAUGUGUAGAGAUCAUAGACAUUCCACAUAUAUGCUGUUAGAGUCCUUUCAUAUUGUAAGCAGUUUCGACGUGUUGUUAUUACGUGCUUUUAUAUAUAUAUUCUUAUUUUCAGACUAAAUGCUACAUAUGAGGAAUAUAUAGGGCUCUGUGAAGCUAUCAAUACCGGUGUUACUACAUCAGUAAUCGCACGUGGAGGUAGUCGGCUUAUGCCUGGUUACCAAUUACCAGAUCUUCUAAAUUUACCAACAACCUCUCUCAGAGUAAGUGCAGUGAUUGGAGCCAACCCAUGUGAAAUGCUGGUAUCUGCCGCACCGGUUAGCCGCACACCUUGUCUGAAUACCGAUCAGUCUGCACUGGAAGCUGCCGCCUCAGUCGGCACACCAGCACCUGACCCAUCUACAGCUGCUGGUUACUACACAGCUGGAGCGUAUGAGCCACUUGCUGCUGCUCUUGGAAAUACGUCUGGACUCCCACCUGCUGUUCCAACAGGUAUACCUGGUAUGACACCGUCAGUUGGAAUUCUUCCCGGAGUAGUAAGUUAUCAGUAUUUAAAGUUGAAAUGAAUCUUGUUGGGGAAAAAAUUGGUGUUGUUAUCAAUUUUUGUUACAUUUUCUAUAUUUUAUGGUUUUUUCUACCAAUAACUAGGUUUGUAUAAUUUCUCUGACAGUAAUUAUUUGCAACACGCAAAAUGGUAUUUCACGAUUCGGUUUCUCGGUAUUUUGCUGUAUUUGAUAUCCUGUUGUGUGGUUUUGUUUUUGCGGGGAUAACAGAAUACAUAUUGUUUUGUCCUUUUUAGUCGGAUACAUCAACUUCGGGUGCAACUGCUUUGACAGCUGAUCCAUACGCUACCUACUACUACACUGCAGCAAGUGCUGCUACUCCAUCUAUUCUUACACCAGUCGUUGUUCCGACGGUGGUUGAUAUGAAAUUGUCUGCAUCAUUAGCAGUAACCUCUUCAACAGUUGCUCCGGUCACCACAGCUCUCUCUUCAUCAGUCCCAGUCGUACAGUAGUUGUGGGGUGUUAUAAGAAGCAUUUUGUUAUAUCCAGUAUUUAAUGCUGUGCAUUUUGGCUUCAUUAUAUGUUUUCACUC